CGCUGCUGGUAUUACAUGCUGUAAUCUGGCAUUCACACCUUUUUUUCCCCCUCCGUUCACUGAUGGUGCAUUUCUGCCCUGAUAAAGGCGGUGUGCUGCGAUGCAUUUAACAUCAAUCAAAUCCAGCGCACGGAGCGCGUAUAGUCUUCGUCUAUCAGUUGGAAAGUGCUCUCGCCUCGGGUGUGGGAUAUGUGCUUCUCGGCUCUAUUAUCCCGUAAAAAUCUGAUCUUUUUUCGCAGGAGAUGCAUUAGUGCACUGGAUAUGCUAUUUAUUCCCCAUUCUCACACAGCCUAAAGUUGGGACUUGAGACUUUCAGCACCACUUUUCCCGUGGACAGCACUCGCAAUGAUCUUUUUCUUCGACGCAGCCUCGAAAUGCCCGUAGAUCCCUGUUGGAUACUGUUCAAUAACAAUGUUUAGAUGUUUUUUUCCAUUUUAUACCCGGAGUUCCUCGGGGAAUCACACAUAUUGAUACACCCAACAAGAUAGCCUUGGAUAUGGGUCACUUCUUAUGAAAGGAUUCUUCGUGGACAGGAGAAAGGGGAAUUCACUCUGAAGCCUGUGGACCUAAGCAGGCCUGAGGGCUCUGACAUAUACCAAAUCCCUGCCCAGGGGAACAGGGGAGAUUAAAAACUUCUGAUUGAGGUGGAGAGGAAAGAGACACAGAGAGAGGGAGGGAUAGACAGAGGGAAAAAAAAGCUUAUCAUUCACCUUUGUUCUUCCUAAUGCCCCAAGUGAAGGAUCUCCAUAGGCAAGCCUGUGAAUAACAGCAGACACAAGAACAGCUGCCUACCACUGUGGUCAGAUGAUGGAGUGAGGGAGUGAAAGAGAAGAGAACAGGAUUACAUCCUGUGAAAGAGCCAAGCUCAUAUUCUACAUUAACUGAAUGCCUGGGAGAGAGAAGAAACAUGAGAGGAAGCCUUUUCUGUGCCAGCUGCUUGAAGAGGUAUUGCAAUUAACCCGCUGGCCAUCAUAAAAUAAUACCUGGCUUUUGUUGUUUUCUGAUUGCUGGGUUGGUUGUACGGUGUGGAUGUGUGCUCGGGCUGUGGUCAUGUUUCAGCCCCUGGCGUGUAGACCGGAUCGGACCGGCUGUCAGAGAAACGGUUUGAUUCUGCCGCUGCUGCUUCUGCUGCUGCUGCUUCUCCACAGCUCCCUCAAGGCCACUCAGGCUGCCAAACCCAAAGGGCCAGGACACACACAUUUGAACUCCAUCCGCAUUGACGGAGAUAUCUCCUUAGGUGGGCUCUUUCCAGUGCAUGCAAGGGGCCACGAUGGCAAACCAUGUGGGGAGCUGAAGAAGGAGAAGGGUAUACAUAGACUGGAGGCUAUGCUCUUCGCCCUUGACCGCAUCAAUAAUGACAAUAAUCUACUGCCUAACAUCACACUGGGAGCACGAAUCCUCGAUACCUGUUCCAGGGACACUCACGCCUUGGAGCAGUCGCUCACCUUCGUGCAGGCUCUGAUCGAGAAGGACGGCACUGACGUCAAGUGUCUUGGUGGGGGAGCACCCAUCAUCACCAAACCUGAGCGGGUGGUGGGUGUCAUCGGAGCCUCCUCCAGCUCGGUCUCUAUCAUGGUGGCCAACAUACUCCGCCUGUUUAAGAUACCCCAGGUGAGCUACGCCUCCACAGCUCCAGAGCUCAGUGACAACACCCGCUACGACUUCUUCUCCCGCGUGGUGCCUCCAGACACCUACCAGGCCCAGGCCAUGGUGGACAUUGUCAAGGCCAUGCGCUGGAACUAUGUGUCCACAGUGGCCUCAGAGGGGAACUACGGCGAGAGCGGUGUUGAUGCUUUCAUUCAGAAGUCUCGGGAGGAUGGGGGUGUGUGCAUCUCCCAGUCUGUCAAGAUUCCUCGAGAGCCCAAGCAGGGAGAGUUUGACAAGGUCAUAAGGCGACUCCGAGAAAAUCCAAAUGCAAGAGUUGUCAUACUUUUUGCCAACGAAGACGAUAUCAGGCGGCUACUCCACGCAGCGAAAAAGGCCAAUCAAACAGGUCAUUUCAUCUGGGUGGGUUCGGACAGCUGGGGCUCAAAGAUCUCACCGGUUGUGCAGCAGGAGGAGAUGGCAGAGGGAGCGGUCACCAUCUUGCCCAAGCGCCAGUCCAUCAAAGGUUUUGAUCGUUACUUCAUCAGUCGAACACUGGAAAACAACAGAAGGAAUAUCUGGUUUGCUGAGUUCUGGGAGAACAACUUCAGCUGCAAACUCAGCCGUCACGCCGUGAAGAAAGGGUCCGGGCUCAAAAAGUGCACAAAUCAGGAACGAAUUGGAAAAGACUCACACUAUGAGCAGGAGGGAAAGGUGCAGUUUGUCAUUGAUGCAGUUUAUGCCAUGGCUCAUGCCUUGCACAACAUGCACCAGGAGCUCUGCCCAGGGAAGGUGGGACUGUGCUCUAGAAUGGACCCCAUCAAUGGCACCCAUCUGCUCAAGCACAUCCGUCGUCUAAACUUUGCAGGCAUAGCUGGCAACCCAGUGCUCUUCAAUGAAAACGGAGAUGCGCCUGGACGCUACGAGAUCUACCAAUACCAGAUCAGAAACCGAACAGCUGAAUACAAAAUCAUUGGACACUGGACAAAUCAGCUCCAUCUGAAUGUUCGCUCCAUGCAGUGGCCUGGCGGUGUCCGUCAGAUCCCUUCCUCAAUCUGCAGCCACCCCUGUCAGCCAGGUGAACGCAAGAAGAUUGUGAAGGGCAUCCCUUGCUGUUGGCACUGCGAGCGCUGCGAUGGCUAUCAGUACCAGGCAGACACCUACACGUGUAAGAUGUGUCGCUUUGAUUUGCGCCCCAACGAGAAUCACACAGGCUGUGUUCCAAUCCCCAUUGUUAAAUUGGAGUGGAGCUCUCCAUGGGCAGUCAUCCCUGUGCUCAUUGCAGUCCUUGGCAUCAUGGCAACUCUGUUUGUGGUGGUCACGUUCGUCCGCUACAACGACACUCCAAUUGUGAAGGCGUCAGGCCGAGAGUUGAGCUACGUCCUGCUAACAGGCAUCUUCCUCUGUUACGCCACGACAUUCCUGAUGAUUUCUACCCCUGAUGUAGGGAUCUGCUCCCUGCGCAGAAUCUUCUUGGGCCUGGGGAUGAGCAUCAGUUAUGCAGCUCUGCUCACCAAAACCAAUCGUAUUUACCGUAUCUUCGAGCAGGGCACUAUGUCUGUGAGCGCGCCCAGGUUUAUUUCUCCAGCCUCUCAGCUAGUCAUCACAUUCACUCUGGCCUCUGUGCAGCUGCUCGGGGUGUGCAUCUGGUUUGUUGUGGAUCCCUCCAAGGCUAUUAUUGAUUAUGAGGACCAGAGGACAUCUAACCCGGUGCUGGCUCGUGGAGUUCUCAAGUGUGACAUCUCUGACCUGUCUCUCAUCUGCCUGCUGGGCUACAGCAUGCUGCUCAUGGUCACCUGUACUGUCUAUGCCAUUAAAACCAGAGGGGUGCCGGAGACCUUCAAUGAGGCCAAACCCAUUGGUUUUACUAUGUACACCACCUGCAUCAUCUGGCUAGCUUUCAUCCCAAUCUUCUUUGGCACUUCACAGUCUACAGAAAAGAUGUAUAUCCAAACAACCACAUUGACCAUCUCUGUGAGCCUGAGUGCUUCGGUGUCCCUCGGGUUGCUCUACAUGCCCAAGGUCUACGUGGUUCUCUUCCAUCCCGAGCAGAACGUGCCCAAGCGCACACGCAGCCUCAAGGCUGUGGUUACCGCUGCCACCAUGUCCAACAAAUUCAACCCCAAGGCUGGACUCAGACCCAACGGAGAGGCCAAGACGGAGCUGUGCGAAAGCCUCGAAACACAAUCUUUCUCAACAAAGCAAACCUACAUCAGCUACAGCAACCAUGCAAUCUAAGGGACAAAGGUUCUUAUCACAAUUCAGGAUUUCCACCCUGACGGAGAAAAAACAUGCAGUGGGAAUUCACACAGCUGGCAAAAAAAAUAAAAAUAAAAAUGGAUGUGUUAUUGUGUGGGUGGAGAUCACAGAAGAAUUGCCCAAAGACGUGACAUGGCGAAGAGAGACCACAAAGAGACGCAGGGAUGGACAAUGCAGGGGACCAGAACAGAUAACAGUACAAUUUUAAGGUUCCAUCUUCUGUCUGCCUCACAAGAAUACACACACACAGACACACACAGACACACACACACACACACACACACACACACACACACACAAAGAGAAAAAUGAAAAAUACUUGCAUGGCAGAGGCCUGGAGACUGAAGGAUGGAGCUUUCCUUUUGAGUGUUUACAUUUCCGCUAUGCCCUCUGUCAAAGACUUCUGUCAUCUUGAGCCGUGCUGACUGAAACUGAACUAAAAUCACAAUUAUGUUCAGAUGUUCUCAAUGUUGUCUGCCAGUUUUGCGAACUAUAAUUAAUCUUAAAAUCCUCAAGGCAUCAUGAGGGAUUAAUCAACACCAAAAAGGCAUGAAAACAUGGUCGUUGGAUUUCUAAGAGGGGGCUCAUGUUUGUUCAUAAUUUCUAAAUGUAUUCUAGUCUCCUGAGCGAAAUGACUGGAAGUGACUGGUAAUCAUCUCAACAAUGCAACAGAUCCGUACCAGACUCCACAUAUUUUUAUUUCUACUUCCAGGUUGCCGCUGACUUCAUAAGAAUGACUACACAUAAGAUGGUCUCUGCCGAUUUUGAGCAUGCCAGUUUCAACAUCCUGUGUUGUGUUGUUAAAAAAAUAAAAAUAAAUAAGAAAAAGACAAACUAAUAUAUUUGGAAUGCGUUUAAACUCCGUUGCAGCGUUGUUAAAAAUUGUUUGGGCCCGAGCCUAUUGUACGUUAAAAGCUGUUCUCAAAUGGUGAAGGUCUAGUGAGUGAUUGUUUAUCUGUGCUACAGUGAGGCCAUGAUUUGUAUUACCAGCUAGCCCAAGACUGCCACUGCCCUCCGCAUACCUGUAUGUGCUUUCAAACAGUGGCUCGUGGUUAAAAUAAGCAAUGAUUUUAGCCAGGAGAUCUCACUGUGAGCUGUCAUCCAGGAUGACCCUCCCAUCACUGCCACCAGCUAUUCUCUUGGUCACACGUACUUAGUGUAAGGGUAAAGCUUAGCUGUACGGAUCCAUUAGUAGGGGAAUUAAGAUGAAGUAUGCCCUUGAGAGGAUCAUGCAAUAUGCCCUGAAGGUGAUAUCCAUAAUGGACCAGCUAUCGAGAAAAUUCAUUACUGUACAUGUCCUCCUCGGGCACUCUCAUGAUAAGGAGGAGGUGUCAGGAAGUUGUAAAGCUUUUCGACAAAUGAAAAUCUAAUUGCAAAACUAUACAAUAUCUCUAUCCAUCACCCUGAGCUUGCUGAACAGAUUAAAAGUUGGCUUCUUGCAGUGUAAAAGCCCUCUAAUGUCUUGGGGAAAGAAAAAAAAACAUUGUGGGGUCAUUUGUGUUGUGAAUUCAAUGCUGCUUCUCAUGCCUCCUUCUGUAUUACUUUUCAACACCAUUUGUGUUGCAGAAUAAAAUGUGAGUGCUGACCAAAUUAAAUGGCAAAUUAAUGUAUGUUAUUAAAUAGAUUGAUGAUGUCUGCUUUAUGUCCUGACAUAUCCUAAAAUUGGGGAAAAUGUACAAAAAGAUACAGUGCCUGGCUAUCUGACUAUGUAUUUGUAAAACCUCAUGAGAACUAAUGAAGUGUGUGAAGCAUGUUUAGUUUUUUUUUUAUACAAAAUUUUAUUUCUAUUAAAAAUGUUUUCAAACUUCAA